AUGUCCAAGUCGUCGCUAUCAUCCGUCGUCUCAACCCUCGUCAGGGCGUCCAUGGGAACAGCAGUCUCUUCAUCCAUAACUGACGACGACCUAGACAGACAUGUCGCAGAGCUCAUCUUGAGGGAAGCCAAACAGAAGGCCGAAAGCUACGGCGAAGUUGGAAUUAGGGCAUAUCUUCCAACUGCGCCUGACCCAAAUGCGCCUCGCCCGAACAAGCGCUUCCUCAGUUCGAUCAUCAAGAGCACGGAUGAUCAUAACAAGACUAUACUUCGCGCACAGGCGCUUGCUGCUCAGGAAAUCAAAAGAGAGAAAGAUGAGCGGGAGCGCAGAGACAGGAAGGCUCGCGCAGAAGAGGCUGCAGCUGCCGAGCGCAUGAGGAGACGGAGACCCGACCAUGAUGAACGUAGUUGGGAUGGUCGAAGGGAACGUGACCGACGGAGUGAUAGAGAACGGAACAGGGACAAAGAAAAGAGUUCCAGGAGGCGUCAUAGGGAUGAUAAAGAUGAUGGCAGUUACUACAGGAACAGGCCCAGCAGCCGGAGGCAUCAAUCACGUUCAGCAUCAAAGGAACGGGAUAGUGAUGUGAAGCACAGGAAAAGCAGUCGGCGAUCACAAUCUCCAGACAGGGCUAGUUCAUCUGAUAACCGUCAACGGAGAAGACAUAGACGACCAGAAGACGACAAAUCCCGAAAGAGAAGACGCCAUACGAGCCGUUCCCCGUCUCCACGUCGCACCGAGUCACCAGCACAGCCUAUUCCCGAAAUCACAGUCUCCAGGAAAAGGACGCGAUCGGUGUCUCCCUCUGAUGAAGAUGAUAGGAAAAUCAUUAAACAGGCGCGGCACUUGAGUCGCCGUAACACUCGGUCUCCUUCCCGGUCAUCCCAAACAUCACCAGACGAUGAUACUGUAGAGUUUACAGAGGAAAUUAGGCCUUCUGUCAAGGGCAAGACCAAGGCUCUUGACGACUUUCCCAAACCGUCUCUUCGUACUCGCUCACCUUCCCCCCCACCACGCCGACCUCAACGCACAGUCGCUUCGCACCACACCGUUCGGUCACCAUCUUCGUCCCCCCCUCCUUUACCGCCCUCGCGGCUUCCCUCAAAGAUGGACAAAUACUUUCAAGACUCUUAUGACCCCAGGCUCGACGUUGCAACACUCCCCGUCCCCAACGUACCUGCCACUGGCUUGGUCAGUGACGCAGAGUUCGAGGGUUGGGACGCCAUGCUUGAACUCAUCCGGCAACGACGAGAAGAUAAAGCUGAGAAGAAACGUCUUGACCGUCUUGGAAUAUCAAAAGACAAGACCGACAAGAAAGGUACAGAUAGUGGAGUUGCUGAUCGUUGGGCUAGUGGAGGGGAUAACAUCAUGGAUAUCGAGUACAAGAAAAGGGGUACUGUUCGAGAAUGGGACUUGGGGAAGGAGGGUUUUUAA